AUGGAUGGCAAACAGCAGGCAGCACGCCCUGUAUGGGGAGCCAAGAAGAGCUUGGCAGCCCCUACUGCCUCCACCCCAUCCCCCACCUCUGCAUCAUCCUCUUCAUCAUCGUCAGCAUUCCCACCCCUCUCCUCACCACAAGCAACCCGCCCGUCCUCCCGCUCCACCCCUCACUCCUACUCCUCACCUUCUACCUCAUCCCUCAUCUCCCCUUCCACCUUCAACCCCUACCCCACCCGUCACCAAGAACUAGCCCAACGAGCAGCUACCAACAGCACACGCAAACGAUCCCACAUCACUCGCUCCGCCCCUUCCACCUCCCGUAUCCACUCGCUCCUCGACUUCGAUGACUCCGACGACAUCCUCAUGCUUAAUGAAACCGUCGCAGAUGAGGAAGAAGGGGAGGUUUCAUCUCGAGGCGCAACUAUGUCCUCGAUUGUGUUUCGCGAUCUAUCAGCUUCGUCGUCGGUUGGGACUAGUCGAUCGAGUUCGCCGUGGCAGCAAGGAAGGAUGAGUGCGGGGCUGGCUAUGUUCGCAAGUACGAGCUUUGGCGGAGAGCCGUUGAGGGUGUUGGCGAAUGUAGAUCAGGAGUUGGGAGCGGCACAUAUGGGACCAAGAAUUUAUAAGAGACAUAAUCAAAAGCAUGUAAGGAAUAGGGUGCGGGCGAAGAUAGAUGCUUUUCACACGGUCAAUGCUAGCCCACCAGCACCGAUGGUAAAGGCGCAGGAGAGCAGCGGCGGUCGUACACUGGGAGGUUCGAGCUCAGUUUUGACGGCUGAGGACACAAAAAAGUUACGGAGCUUAGACCUGCAGAAGUUGGUCGAGGAGUGCAGGCGAUGCCAUGCCCUCUCUGCCAUUCAGAAGCGGGUAGGGCCUGAUACCACAUCAAUAACCCUAAGCAGUGAUGCUGUUUCACCGACAACAACAUUUCUAGCAGCAGUGCAAGCUCGUAUCGCAGACCCUCGUAUCUGGUCCACUAGCACCGAAACCACCGGCCCCAUCCUCUCAGACGACCUCCUGCCAUCCGGCCUACAACAGCCCCGCAUCGACUUCUCCGCACUACCGCAUCCUCUUGUAUCGCAAAUGCGGCACUCCGUACUACAAGGCCUAUCGCAGCUACUGCAAACCAUCGUCGAAUCAAGUCGCACCGACCUUAUCAACACCCUCUCCCAUCUCCUCUCCCUCCAUCCACUCCGAUCCACAAGCACCUCCCUUCCCGAACUCCGACCUACACUCCAGCGCCUCUUCCUACAGGUGCUCGACACAUUCCGCCAACCCAACACCGAAUUCUCACCGCCUUUAGAGCUGCUUUCUGCUGUCCUCCACCGUCCCAUAACCGAAUGUGGCGACCUGUUAGUAGAUCUAAUUGGAGAAUUAGUCGGUGUUUGUGGCCAACAAAUGUCGUCUAACCCUACAAUCCUCAGCGAAUCGCAGGACAAAACCCUCGUCAGCGCCUCUUGCUUCCUUUCGCUCUGCUUCGCACUCAAUGCUACUCGGCCUGCAUCUGUUCGACUGCCAGCGCACGCUUUCUAUUGUACGGUGCUCGAUCUGGCCCCGUUUCUGGAGCAUUUCGUGCACUAUGCUGCCUCACUCGCCCGGCCUGGAACGGUAGGGGCUGGGCUGGCGGAAUUCAACAUCUGCCGUUCGCCUUUCCUUCUUAGCUUAGGUGCAAAAGUGCGCAUGUUGCAGCUUGAGAACGAGAUUCGACUUAGCCGCUCUCCAUCUCGAGACUCUAGCACUCCCCAACGCUUCAGUCUGGCCAAUAGCGAUGCAGAGCUAGUCCUCCUUCCGUCUUCGCUAAAUCUCCGCGUUGAGAGGGAUGCAGCGUGGGAUCAGAGCCGAGCGCUGUUCUUACAGUUGCUCGAAUCGGACUUUGUGGGGGUCAGAGGUCUGAGGGUCGAAUUUGCGGGGGAGCAGGCAGCGGAUGGAGGCGGACCAGCCAGAGAGUGGUUUGCUACCGUUGCUAGUCGUUGGGAUAGUCAUAGGAGUGUUGUUGGUUCUCAUGGCUGGUUUAUUCUUCUGUCGGGAGCGAGAAUGGAGGAGGGGGAGGAGAGAGAGGCAGAAGAUACAGCUGCAUUCCUAGGCUUACUCCUAGCUCUGGCGUCACUGCAUACGGCAAAGCUUACGCUUCCGUUCAAGCUUCCUUCGGUUGCGUUCAAAGUCGCGACAGCAAGUGAUGUUGAGAGGUUGGUGCUUACACCUGUCGAUCUGGAAUUUCUCGAUGCGACGCUGGCAAAGUCGUUACAGGCGGUACUGGAUUGGGUUCCACGCCAUACAACACAGGUAGAAACAGAGGAAAAGGCGUUCGAUAGCACCUUCUCUCUCACCUGGAGUACCAGCAUUACAACAGCCGAUGGCGGCGUUCAAACAAUAGACCUUGUCCCCGGUGGACGUCAUCGCAGUGUCAAGCUCAGCGAGAGGAAAGAGUUCGUCUCAAAGCUCAUCUGGCGCGUUCUCAUCGGAAGCGUAGAGAAACAAGUUCAUGCGUUUAGAGAAGCUUGGCAGACAAUCAUGCCUUCUACUUGGCUGCUAGAGAAGACGGCUGGGGCGGAAUCAGCAACCGAGAUCCUGAGUCGUGGUGGUUUGGCUUUGUCGCUGUUCAGUCCGGAAGAGGUUGGACAGGCGAUUCUUUCCACUCCGACUUCGUCGAGUAGUGUCAUGUCAAUGCCACUAGAUGUGGCUGAUAUUAGAGGUGCAACAGAUGUUAUUAUCCCUUCGAACAGUGUUGGGCGGACUGAGGGAGGAGGGGUGGCGGGAUGGUUCUGGGAUCUUUGGACGGCUCUUGAUGCUACACACCAGCGAAGGUUGCUCGCAUUCAUUACAGGGGCAGAGGAUCUGCCUGCGACUGGUGCCAGGGGUAUUGGGUUGCGCAUACAUCUCGUACCUACGGAUAGAAAAGAGGAUGCAAGGUUGUGGCCUUUGCCUUGGUCGAGUACUUGCACUUCAACCCUCUUUCUACCCACCUACCCCUCCGAAGCGCUGUUGGGAGAGAAAGUGCGGAUUGCUAUUGAGCAUUAUCAGGGUUUCGGUUUGCGCUAA